AAUUCAUCUAGAUUUUGGAUAAAUAUGGAAUUUUGUUAAUUUAGAUAAUAUAAUUAUAAUAAUUUAAUCGUAUAAAUAUUCUAGUUUGGAAAUUUGGGAUCUUAAAGAAAUUUUUUAACAAUGGUUAGAAAGAAAAAUGAGUUUUCACAUCUCACAGUGGAUGAAAGAAAGGUUGUCACUGUCGCUGAAGUUGUGCAGGACUUAAUAAAAGCUCACGAAGAUAAAAAGAACGUGAAUCUAAAUGCAUUAAAACAUAAGAUCUCUUCAAAAUAUGGACUCGAAUCUUCUCCAAGAUUAGUCGAUAUUAUUGCAGCAGUGCCUGUUAACUAUAAGAAAAUAUUAAUUCCUAAAUUGUUGGCAAAGCCCAUAAGAACAGCUAGUGGGAUCGCUGUAGUGGCUGUUAUGUGUAAACCACAUCGAUGUCCACAUAUUAAUAUGACAGGAAAUAUUUGUGUAUAUUGUCCAGGGGGUCCAGAUUCUGACUUUGAGUAUUCCACUCAAAGUUAUACUGGUUAUGAACCAACCUCGAUGAGGGCAAUUCGAGCUAGAUAUGAUCCAUAUUUACAAACUAGACACAGAGUAGAACAAUUAAAACAACUUGGUCAUUCUGUAGAUAAAGUAGAAUUUAUUGUAAUGGGUGGAACAUUUAUGAGUCUUCCAGAAGACUAUCGUGAUUAUUUUAUUAGGAAUUUACAUGAUGCCCUUUCUGGCCAUAAAAGUGCAUCUGUAGAAGAAGCAGUAAUAUUUUCAGAAAGAUCAAAUACUAAAUGCAUUGGGAUUACUAUAGAAACCAGACCUGAUUACUGCUUGCAGAGGCAUCUUUCUGAUAUGUUGAAAUAUGGCUGCACUAGACUUGAAAUUGGUGUUCAGUCAGUAUAUGAAGAUGUGGCAUUAGAUACCAAUCGAGGACACACUGUUAAAGCAGUAUGUGAAACGUUUAAUUUAGCUAAAGAUGCAGGAUUUAAAGUUGUGGCACAUAUGAUGCCUGAUUUGCCUAAUGUAGAUUUAGAAAGGGACAUUGAACAGUUCAUAGAAUUCUUUGAGAAUCCAGCAUUUAGAGCAGAUGGUCUAAAAAUAUAUCCCACACUGGUCAUAAGAGGAACUGGUUUAUAUGAAUUAUGGAAAACGGGGCGAUAUAAAAGUUAUCCUCCAUCUGUUCUGGUGGACUUGAUAGCAAAAAUCUUAGGAUUGGUGCCACCAUGGACUAGAGUAUACAGGGUGCAAAGAGAUAUUCCAAUGCCAUUAGUUAGUUCUGGCGUUGAACACGGUAACCUUCGGGAAUUAGCACUUGAACGCAUGAGCGACCUAGGUUUAAAAUGUCGAGACGUUCGUACAAGAGAAGUCGGCAUAACAGAAAUUCACGAAAAAGUUCGACCUGACGAUGUAGAACCGGUAAGAAGAGAUUACGUUGCAAAUGGCGGAUGGGAAACAUUUUUGAGUUAUGAGGAUCCAAAACAAGAUAUUCUAAUUGGACUCCUAAGGUUAAGAAAAUGUUCUAAAGAGUAUACAUAUCGACCUGAACUCAUAAAUAAUUGUUCAAUGGUAAGAGAACUACAUGUAUAUGGGAGUGUUGUGCCAGUUAGUGGAAGAGAUGAGAAGAAGUUCCAACAUCAAGGUUUUGGGGCACUUCUUAUGCAAUGGGCAGAAGAUAUUGCAAUAAAUGAACAUAAAUCUACAAAAAUAGCAGUUAUAUCUGGAGUUGGCACAAGAAACUAUUACAGAAAAUUAGGAUACUACUUAGAGGGUCCAUAUAUGGUUAAAACUUUAGUCAGUGAUAAAUACGAAAGUUCUUUUAAAGUAAUUGAUGGUCCUAAACUUGAAAUUAAUACUCCAUUUGAAAAAUCAUUUAAAAUAUACAAUAAUGAUGAAGAGGCAGAUGAUGAAUGGUUAGAUGAAUAUGAUAAAAGUCAUGGUUUUAGUGUAUAAUAUUACACAUAUUAUACUAUAAAAAU